GGCACUCAGUCGUGCGCCGACACUCGUGCUGUUCUUGAAUUUACUGCUCGGCAGAGUGCACAUUUUUUUAAACGUUGGUGUAAGCGCGCACGUUGGCGCUUAGAUUCGGCUAUGAUAAUAGGUGCGUUCACUGGCCGAUAAAGUAAAACGGUUUUCGAAACGCGACUCAGUGUCUUCUCACCAGCUAGGUGAGCUCUUUCAUAUCUCGUGAAAUUUCUAGAAGUCGCGAGUUUACAUAAAAUUGUUAUUGUGAAUCCAAUCACAACUUUUUUCGUGAAGAGUGAAGCGGAAAACGUUUCAGUGACUCGAGUUCGACGGAUGUGAAACAAUCUUGUGAGCUAACUGUGACAGUAACUGUGACACGAGAAACAGUGAAGGCACGUGGUUAUCAGAGAAAGGUAUCAGGGAUUGUGCUAGGCUAUCUGUGAUGUGUCAGUGAGUGAUGGAAUCCCCAGUCAUGUAUGACACCUCGUCCCACCAGGCCCAAGGCCAGGUCCCCCAGGAAAUGAAGAAGUCGCCCCAGGUGAUGAAUAACAACUCUGCCCUUCAAGUGAACCACAAUCAGCAAACUGGUAACUCGGUUGUCAGCAAAGUUUCCGCCAGCAAGGCGAGUCUCCAUCAGCAGUAUGCUGAACAUUGUGCAGCAGCAGGAGAGCUGACUGACCUCAACACUCCCGAAAUUUCUCUCGAUCUACAACAUCUCAUCGAUGAUUCCCACUUCAACGAUGGUCUCCUGGACAUGCUCAAUGGCGGAAAUGGCACCAUCAAGCACAACAGGACACCCGGAGUUUAUCCCAGAACGACCCUAGCCUACAUGCCUCAACCCGUUCACAGCGGGGCGAGUUACCACCAAGGCAGCAAUAGCUGUAGCGACAGCAACAGCUCGAGCUCUGAGUCCCCCAGCAUCAAGGAGGAGCCCCUGGACCCGGCCGACUACCGGCGGCACUGUCCCCAAUAUCCUCCAAGUGGGUACAGUCCGGCCAACAACGGACCCUUCACCAAUGGUGGACCAACCUUCACGACCCUCACGCCCUCCAAUGUGUCUGGUGGUCACCCUGUUCAUCAGCAACCGAACAGGGUGGGCAUGAAACCCGUGAUGUCUCAUCAGCAUCAUGCCGCUGCAGCAGCCGCUGCAGUCGCCCGGAAACAGAGCAAAUCUGUCGACAAGGCCAGUGAUGAGUACAGGAGACGAAGGGAGAGGAACAACAUUGCUGUGAGGAAAAGCCGGGAAAAGGCGAAGGUAAGGUCCAGGGAAACCGAGGAGAAAGUCAAACUCCUUGUCAAGGACAACGAAUUACUCAAGAAGAGGAUCGAGCUCCUUACAGAGGAACUCAAUGUUCUCAGGUCGCUUUUUAGCAGCGUUGGUGUUGCCCCAGAACAGAUUCAUCGUGAAAUCUCCAGGCAUCUUGACCAGUUCCAGCAACAUGCGGUUGGACCCAUGUAGCACGAUGAUUCGUCAGCACCUACAAGCUUCGACCUUGGAGCGUCUUCCAAGGGAAUCCGGCUGUGAACGCUUCCGCGUGUCUCUCUGCUCGCGGAACAACUUACAGGUUUCUCCAUCCACGUCUCUUCUCCUCUUUCCAUGCAGAUUACAGACCUUGCUUCCUCUACUAAAGGCAAUGAUGCACCGGUUUGUUGUGGUCACUUUAUUACCAAGAUUCUAUAAAAAGCACAUUCUUAUCAAGGUUAACAACAAUGAACUACUUAUUAGAUACGAUAUUCAUGAUCAGUAACAACUUCUGGUUCCAAUACUAUUCAGAUCAAUAGCAACAGGAUUCAUUAUCAAAACAAUAUUAAGAUAACUUAUUGACUUCAUUAUCAUUAGCAGAUGCUCAGAAGCUACGACUAUUUUUAACAGAAAUCAUCCUAAUGACUUUUGAAUCGCUAAAAGUUAAUUUAAAAGAUAUUCAAUUUGGAAAAUGUCUGACGCGAAAGAUUGUCUUUGAAUUUUUGUGCUAUUCAGAAAUCAGAACUGCAAUUUAAGAUCAAGAACCGGUUGGCAUCAUCGGCCUUGGCAAAUUGCAAACUUUACUGUGGCAGAAUGUUACGUAAGCUGAUCUCGCGCACUGCCAGUGUAAGUCAGAUAAGAUGCGUAAAAUGUGGGGUUUUAUAAAUCACGCUGACCCCCUCAAAUUUCAGUGAACGCAGAAAAUUGUAUUUAUCACUGUAUAUUCACGAUUUUAAAUGUCAAAUUUGACAAAUUAAAGACUCAUUACCUGAACGAAACAUUACAUUCUGUUUUCUGAUCUUUUUAAAGUACAUUUUUGUACAUUUUACCUUUUUUACAUUUUCUAUCAUCUUAGCAGCAAACUCAAAGCAAUGUUUCGUCAGCUUUUAAACUCUAUUAUCAAGAGCAGUAAGUCUGCACACAUGAUAAAAAGUAUAUAAUUUUUUGCGUGCGACUGAAGAUAAAUGGAAAGGAGAGGAGAGUUUAUUUAUGAAAAAAGCUUUUUUAGAGGAAGCUUCGCAAUUGGAUUAAUUGAAAAGACGUGUUCAAGUCGAGUGCGAAAAGUGCCUUUUUUUUAAAAAAGCGACGAACUCACAACGAAGUGUGUGUAGGACGCUUGGUGUAAUAUUUCUUGUAGAAAAAUGAAAGUAAAUUUGUGAGGCCCUUAGGCGCCCACGUGGACCGCGUCGCCAUCUUGUGAUUUCUCUGAGACUUCACGAAAACGCGACAACGUUUAGACUUAAAUGGCGAGAUGUAUCGCUUUUGAUCAUCUUUUUUUCUCUUGUACCUUUUUCUCUUACCACGACGUGUCUAAGACUGGGUGGUGCCCGCGAAAGAAAUUAAAUUUCCGACAACGGGACCUGCACCUCGUUCGUGUAACUCACACAAACAGUUUACAUCUCGAAUUCAUACGAACACUCGCUCAUACACGCACACAAACUUGAACCACGCGAACGGUUAACUCUAAAAAAAAAUUAAAUGUAAACUCAAAGCACAAAGAACCCCUAGAGUUAAGUUCCGUUCACGUGGCGUUGUGAUUAGCUACGGUUAUUAGUGUAAAUCGAUAAAAUGUAAUUAGUUUAUCGCUCUCAUACCUGAGUACCUUGAAAUGACAUACCGAGAUACCGUAAUCGAUUGCGAUCGAGUCUUCCGAAAGAUCUCCUGUAUUCUUCAUUUGUCCGAGUUUUUUUGUUUGUUUUUGUUUUAAUUUUUACUGACGUCAUUAGUUCUCGGUAAGGCUAGAAACGGAAGAAACACCCACACGCAAACACUUUCGCGUACAGACGGCCCUGUAUUAUAUAGCUAAUAUAUUAAUUCUAUCGAAGAUGUAUGUACGUAAAAGUUAAUAUAUUUUCAUUUGUGGAGUAAGAGUUUGAGCGAGUGGCGUAAAAUGAAUGGUGGAUUAGUGUAAUUGCGCAAAAAAAAUAUUUGCGUAAAUUGAUAAUUGCGUAAAUGAAUAAAUACUGUAUUUAGACAAGCAUGUUGAAAACAUCGUUUUAAUAAGAAAAAAAAUAUUGCGCCGACGUUACCUGGGACAUCUCGGCCAAGCCGAGUCCCUCAUUUGAGUUACCGUAACGUGUGAAGCGGGCUUCAUUGUUUAUUCGUUCGAUUGUUGAUUGUUGUGUGCGAGCGAGUGAGAUUAUACAAAUAUAAAUAUAGAGGUCUAUAUUAUUAUUAUUAAUAUUAUUAUUGUUAUAUAAAUAUAUAUAUAUUUUGCGAAUUUCAUCAAAGACAGCGACUUUCGCGUGAAUGUUUGGGGUAUGCGUGAGAAUAAUGUGUGUGUAUGCCAGGGUACGUAUGAAGUGUAAGAGAUUACCUUUCACGGUUGUCAAAUUGUCUAUGCACAAAUAUAUUUUGAUA